GGCCGCAGUGGCUGGUAUUCGCGUUUCGGAAGUCGCACUGAGUGCUGCGAAAUUUUCGCUACCCCUCCGGCAGGUUCGGUUCCGUUGGAUAUUUUUGUAUUUGUUUUUUAUGAUAGUUUUUUUUGUCUUAAAAAUGAGUGAUUUAUAGUUUAUUUUUAUUCAAUAUCCUCAGUUGGUCAGUAAUUGGUUUGUUCGGAUAACCCAAAUCACGUUUCUAGACUUCUGGCAAAGGAAUUUGUGUUCAUUAAUUUAAUUAGUACAAUUAUAUAAAUAUCUAGAACUGGGAAAAAGUGCGAUUGGGGAAACGCAAUCACGAUCUUUUGGAUCGUUUCAUGUCGGAUAGAUACGUUUUCGUCUGUUUCAUUCGUUAGCUUGAAGUGCUACGCAAAACUGUAAUGGUGGAAAGCCUAAAAUCCUAUGGAAAAGUGUUGAAGCAACGCAAAAUCCGCUUUAUUUUCCAAUAAUCCCGCAUAUAGUGUCAGGAAACAGAUCGGUGGUGAAGAACCGUGUGUAAUCCGCGUAUGGAAGCGAAUAAAACAACGCGAAAUAAGUGAUUGGCGUUGACAUUAAUGGCAGUCACACACACCAGAUGCCGUUGCUCGUUCAAACCUUAGUGUGGAGAAGUGACUUACCCUAGUGCUGACCUUGAAUCAAUUUGGGGGAAGGUUGUUGGGGUUACUGUGAGUCAACAUGAAGAAGACCACAGAGUCCAAGGAGAACCUGUUCAGUUCGAACACAUCGCUAUCUCCAGAGGAUGGGGACGCCAAAUCGAACAAGAGCGGUGGUUUCGAGUUCGAUCGGGAUAUUCCCGAACAGGUACUGACGAAGACGGAGAAAAAAUUCUUGCUAACAGCCGAACGGGGAGAUUGCGCAACGGUGCGAAGAAUUAUCCACGAGAACCGUGAUACACCGGAAGAGUUCGACAUAAACUGUGUGGAUCCGCUCAAUCGUUCGGCCCUGAUCGCGGCCAUCGAGAAUGAGAAUAUCGAACUGAUCAACUUACUGCUGGCAGAAGGAAUUCGAGUACAGGAUGCAUUACUGCAUGCCAUCAACGAGGAAUAUGUGGAGGCGGUCGAAACUCUACUGGUAUGGGAGGAAGAAAAUCACGUCCCGGGUCAGCCUUACAGUUGGGAAGCUGUCGACCGCUCAUCGUCUUCGUUCACAGCCGAUAUAACGCCACUUAUACUCGCAGCCCAUAGGAACAAUUACGAGAUUUUGAAGAUUCUCUUGGAUCGAGGUGCAACCCUGCCUAUGCCACACGAUGUUCGCUGCGGAUGCGAUGAGUGUGUUACAUCCAGCGAGCAGGAUUCCCUGCGUCACUCGCAGUCACGUAUCAACGCCUACAAAGCACUAUCAUCCAGCUCGUUGAUAGCCCUCAGCUCGAAGGAUCCAAUCGCAACCGCCUUCCAUCUGUCCUGGGAGCUGCGGCGGCUCAGUCGCACUGAGUCCGAGUUUCGGGCCGAAUAUGCGUCUAUGCGUCUCACCGUCCAAGAGUUCGCCAUGUCCCUGCUUGAUCACGCCCGAACAUCCAACGAACUGGAAAUUAUGCUAAACUUCAACCCUGGCUCAACGGACAACUGGGAACCCGGAGAGCGACAAACGCUCGAUCGUUUGAAGCUGGCGCUCAAAUUCAAGCAGAAGCUGUUCGUAGCCCAUCCGAAUGUCCAGCAGCUGCUGGCCGCCAUCUGGUACGAGGGUCUGCCCGGAUUCCGCCGCAAGUCCCCCGUCGGCCAGAUCGUGCAGGUGGCCAAGCUGGGCGCCAUGUUUCCGGUGUACAGCAUGAUCUACAUGACGGCGCCCAACUCCGAGAUGGGUCGGUUUAUGAAGAAACCGUUCGUCAAAUUUAUCGUGCACUCGGCGAGUUAUGCGUUUUUCCUGAUGCUAUUGGGCGCUGCUUCGCAGCGUAUCGAAUACUUGGUUAUGGAGUGGUUUGGACCGGAUUGGUUGCAGGAGAUAUUGAAGGAAUGGAAGCGCAAGGAACGUGGAUCGUUUCCGGGGAUGUUCGAAUGCAUGGUUAUGUUGUAUAUAAUAAGUUUGAUAUGGCAUGAAAUGAAGUCACUUUGGAACGACGGAUUGCUCGAUUAUAUCGCUGAUCUGUGGAAUAUAGUGGAUUUCAUUUCCAACUCGUUCUACAUAGCCUGGAUCAGUUUGCGCUUCACGUCCUGGUACACAGUUUGGCGUGAUGCCAACGCUGGUCUGAAUCCGUGGUAUCCUCGAGAGCAAUGGGACCCGUUCGACCCGAUGCUGCUAUCGGAAGGUGCCUUCGCCGCCGGAAUGAUAUUUUCCUUCCUCAAACUUGUGCACAUAUUUUCGAUCAAUCCACAUCUGGGACCACUGCAAGUAUCGCUCGGUCGAAUGAUUAUCGAUAUCAUUAAAUUUUUCUUCAUAUACACAUUGGUUCUGUUCGCGUUCGGAUGUGGAUUGAACCAGUUGCUCUGGUAUUACGCCGUGUUAGAGAAAAACAAAUGCUACCAUUUGCCGUCGGGACUUCCGGAUUUCGACAAUAACGAGAAGGCUUGUACGAUUUGGCGCCGUUUUGCGAAUCUUUUCGAAACGUCCCAAUCGCUGUUUUGGGCUUCGUUCGGUUUGGUGGAUUUGCUGGCUUUUGAGCUGAGCGGAAUCAAAAGUUUCACCCGCUUCUGGGCUUUGCUAAUGUUUGGGUCGUACAGUGUGAUAAACAUUAUCGUGUUGCUCAACAUGUUGAUUGCCAUGAUGAGCAACAGUUAUCAGAUAAUCUCGGAACGUUCGGAUAGUGAAUGGAAAUUCGCUCGCUCUCGCCUGUGGAUGAGUUAUUUCGAGGAUGGUGACACCCUUCCGCCCCCUUUCAAUCUCGUGCCUUCGGUGAAAAACUUUUACAAAAUUUUCAACUGUGACAAAGCCAAGCGCUCGACAACAAGUAUAAUCAAACGAAACCGGGAAAAGGCCCAGAAGCGUCACGAAAACGUUAUGAAAUUAUUGGUGCGAAGAUAUGUUACGGCCGAGCAGCGAAAGAGGGACGACUUUGGCAUCACUGAGGACGAUGUUAUGGAGAUUCGGCAGGACAUUAGCUCUUUGCGAUACGAACUCAUCGAUAUUCUGCACCAAAAUGGAAUGAAAACACCUCGCGUUAAGCCGACCGAUGCGUCAAUCGCUGGUAAAAAGGGUCGCGUCAUGGAGCGUCGUAUUCUGAAGGAUUUCCAGAUAGGCUUUGUUGAGGGUAUCCUGAAUGAGACGUUCAAGAAUGCCACAGACAAGCCUGCAGCCGAUGUGUUCAGCACUAUCGCAAAGGCAAUCGGUGGGCGUACCAGUGGCAAGAAGAAGAAGCCCGAAGACUGGAACGCCAUCGUCCGCAAGAACACCAUGGUUCGUGAUCCUAUUGGAAACUCUUCAGAGGCUGUUAUGCGUCGUAAUCAGCAGAGUUUACGCAAGCGAAUCAUCGAGGGCUCGCAGCAAGGUCUGGCGAUGGACACCCAGAAAUUGAUCGAGUUCAACCCGAAGCUGUCCGAGGUGACACCGGUAACUCGUGUUGCGUACGUCAAGUUCAUGACAAGCAAGCUGAAGAAGGACUUCCGCGAAGGAGAAGCGGAUGAGGCGGUUGUCGAGAACGAACGCCCACCGGGGAUCAAACCUUCGCUGAAGAAAAUAAUUAGAGAGAAGAUUAUUGUUCCAAAUGAAGCCAAUAACAAAGCGUCGGCCAAUAUCAAACAGAAUGAUAUUCCGCUGAAGGAAGCGGCGCCUGCUCCAACCCAGGUGAGAAUUCAACCUCCCGUGGGAACCGCUAAUACCGCCUUCAAGGAGGAGAGAGAUGACAACAGGAUUGACCUCUCCAAGGUCCGUGUGCGUUCUCCCAUCCUGGAGGAUCCUAACGAGGAGAUGAGUGGUUCGGAUGGAGAACGGUGCCUUUCGCCCACCAAGAGUGACAUUCCCGACCGUCCCAACUCUCCGAUCCCAUCCAUAAGCCCACCGCUGGAGAAGGAAACCGACGCAGGAAAACCCAGCAGUGACGAAGUGAGCAAAGCGGGUUCCAUCAAAGUCAAAGAUCCCGUCGUCCCGGAGGAGAAACCGAAGACCCAAGCGAGUCUCAAGAAAGACACCCUUUCUCCAACCGCCUCGACCAAAUCCGAAUCGUCGCGGUCUCCAUCGCCGAGUCCCGCGGCUCCCAAAACGCCCGCCAAACGCUUGGAAGCACCGGCGGCCAGCACCACCGACGAUAACCUGUCGCGUUCUCCCUCGCCGGCGAUAUCCGACAAGGGCAAAUCGAAAAUCACCGGCAAAACGAUCGGUGGAUGGAUGUAGUUUCAUUUGCACCAUCAUUCGAUAGAAUAUUUGCUUUGAUUUGGGAAGCUUCCCUCACUCUCUUUCACUGUAGAACUAAUUAGCGGGAAAAGCUUACGCAAUUUGGAUGUUAAUUAUUUCGUGCCCUAUUGUGAGUAAUAGAAAGGUUUAAUUUGAAUUCCAUUGAAAGACGAA